AUGUUCUUUGAUUACUUUAAGACCAAUUAUAUCCUAAUCCGCCGCAUAGCCCAACUUUUUGCAGUCGGCCUCCUUUGGGGUGUGACCAACCCGUUUAUGCGCCUUGGCAGCCAGGGUAUCGAGUCGGUCAAAGACACCGGCUCCAAGUGGAGGAACCUCCUGCAGGAAGCCCGUCUGAUCGGCACCCGCUGGCGCUACUGGGUACCAUUUGGUCUUAACCAGUGCGGCAGUGCCUUGUACGUGUGGACAUUACAGAAUUCCAGCAUUACUUUGGCCGUUCCAGUGGCCAAUUCGCUCAGUUUUGCAUUUACUGCCAUCACGGGCUACAUCUUGGGCGAGAAACUUCCCGGAAAGAAAGUCAUCCUUGGCACUUUGCUAAUCGGUUGCGGCAGUACCCUUCUGCUCUAUGACAAACUACUCCAGGAACAGACGGAGAAUCAAUUAAAUAUAACAUUCCAGUGAUCUUACCCAUAACCAAA